AUGGACCGGUUCCAGCAGCAGCCUCAGAGUCCCCCUGCUGAAGGGCCACUAACAGAACCCACCUCCUUCAGGGUUCAGCCUCUCCUCUUCCUCACAGAUGACCUGCAGCUGAGUGACGAAGGCGGCGGCAGCAGCAGGGUGUUGGCGGUCAGGGACCUCCGUCCUGACACCGUCUGGGGCCCCUUCCCAGGAAUCCUCCAAUCAGAGGGCAGCGCAGAGGAGCAGAGCACCGAGAACUCGGGGCGGACUUUGCUCUGUGAUGAUGCAGACUGCUGGCUAAACCGCCUCCCACUGACCUCUGACCCUUCAGCAGCAAAUUGCAGCAUCUACAGCCGAGGUGAGGAGCUCUACUGUAAACUCACCAGAGAGAUCGCUGCUGGGGAGCAGCUGGUGGCCGUCCUGUCACCUCCUCCGCCUCCCUCUUCCUCCUCCUCCUCCCUGGCGGCGCGGCUCUCCCCCCCACUCAGCCUGGUUACUCAGAAACAGCCAGCAUUGAAGGAGGAGCCUCAGUACCCGUCGGCGCUACGCUCCGAUAUUCAGCUGCUGCCUCAGCAGGCUGGCAUGGCGGCCAUCCUGGCCACCGCCGUGGUCAACAAGGACAUUUUCCCGUGCAAAGACUGUGGGAUCUGGUACCGCAGCGAGAGGAACCUGCAGGCCCACCUGAUGUAUUACUGUGCCAGCCGGCAGAAGCAGCCAGCCGCUGCCUCCUCUCCCCCCCAGGAGAAGCCCAAAGAGUCUUACCCCAAUGAACGCAUCUGCCCGUUUCCACAGUGCAACAAGAGCUGCCCCAGCGCCAGCUCCCUGGAGAUCCACAUGCGCACACACAGCGGUGAACGUCCCUUCGUUUGUCUCAUCUGCCUUUCAGCCUUCACCACCAAAGCGAACUGCGAGCGCCACCUGAAGGUCCACACGGACAUCUUGAGUGGAGUCUGUCACGGCUGUGGCUUCGUCUCAACCACCAGGGACAUCCUCUACAGUCACCUGGUAACAAGCCACAUGGUGUGUCAGCCUGGAUCUCGCAGCGAGGUUUACUCUCCAGGACCAGGCCUUCCGAAGCUGCCCUUGUCCAUCGGUCUGAGCCCAGGGGACUCUGGCGUAGUGCUUAAGUGUCAGGUGUGCGGACAUAACUCUGACUCCCCCGCCCAGCUACAGCAGCACGUACGGACCCACCUGGAGGUCAGAGUGCCGACUGAAAGGAGCCCUACCCCUCGCCAUAGCACCCCGCCAUCAGCCGAGCCGUCCCCUCAUGACAGAGAAGCCCUCGCUUGUGUCCCUAAGCCAGACUCAUCCAGUCCAGGUGCAAACGGGGGAUCAGCAACUCCUCGUGAUCCCAGUCCUCCUGACGCCCAGACCUCAGAGGUAAAGAUCAAGGAGGAGCCACAAUCAGAGUCUGAGACUGAGGAGCAGCAGAUGGAGUGGAAGGAGGAUGGCGAGGAGGAGGUUGAAGGUGGAGAGAACCGGGGUCAGAAGGCCAAGGAAGAGCCCGCAACAUCCUCUUCCUGCCAGACAUCCAACUCCCCGAAAAGUCCCCCAAAUUCGACUGUCAAGGCUGAACCAACCAGUCCCACCCCUGGUUCUAGCCCUGCCCAUGUUGGAGGAGUGGGCUCGGCGCUCGGAGGAGCAAUGUUCCUGCCCCAGUACAUGUUCAACCCAGAAGCAGCCAUCCUGCCUCAGGCAUCAGAGAUCCUGGCAAAAAUGUCAGAGAUGGUCCACAGUCGGCUGAAACAGGGACAGGCUGUUGUCCAGAACAACUCUGCCGCGUUCUUCCCCUCUGGACCUACAGCAGCCGCAGCCACUGCCACUCCACCUCAGAAAGGAGCCACAUGCUUCGAGUGUGACAUCACCUUCAACAACAUCAACAAUUACUAUGCCCAUAAAAGGCUGUACUGCUCCAGCAGGCACCAGGGAGAGGCUGCCGGCCUGGCCUCUGGGUCUGGAUCCUCUGGCCCUGCACCGUCAGCUUCUAGCGGACCACAGGCUUCAUCUCCUCAAAUCGCUGCAUCGAGUAGAGCUGCUUCUGUCUCACCCAACAGCUCAGAGCCUCCAUCAGGAACCGGAGCAGCAGAAUCUAAGAGGCUGGUGGAGGUAAAGACAGAAACUCCUGCAGGGAGAGAAGGAGCAUCAUCAUCCUCAGAGGGGGAGGGUGGCGGAGGAGGAAGGGCGAGUGAAGGUAGUCAGAGUCCUGCCAGUGGGUCCACAGAGGAUCUGGAAGACGACCCAAACAAAACUUUCUGCGAGGCCUGCAACAUCCGCUUCAGCCGUCAUGACAACUACACAAUUCACAAACGGUUCUACUGCGCGUCUCGCCACGACCCGUCCAACCACCGGGCUGGCCACAUGUCCAAGAACUCCAACGCCACGGCAGUCCUGCCUCAGCCCAUCCGCACACGCAAGAGGAAGAAGAUGUAUGAGAUCCACAUGGCUCGAACAGAGGCAUUGGCCACCGCUGCUGCCGCCACUGCCUCUGCUCCAUCUCCUUCUGUUCUGGGUUUGGUGGUGAAGCAGGAAGUUUCUCCCGGAGGCGCCGGCAGCUCCAGCCCCGAAGGAGACGGGCCCAUUGACCUAAGCAAGAGACCCCGUCUUAAGGAGACUCCACGGCACAGCGGCGGUGCUGGCAUCCUCCCAGCGCUUCCUCUGACCGAUUAUCACAAGUGCACGGCCUGCAGCAUCAGCUUCAACAGCAUCGAGAACUACCUGGCCCAUAAAACCUACUACUGCCCCGCCACCACCCUGCAGCCCCACACCAUGGAGCAGCUCCACCGCCUCAAGAGGUCCGCCUCCACUUCCCCGAAGAGCCGGCCCCAGCAGGAGCGGCUGGACCUGCAACACCCCACCGAGGCCAAAGCUCUGCCUGCUGAGUGGGUUGCCCGGGCACAGGGGGCGUCCCCCAGCCCCCGCCCCUCUGCCUUACCUUCCUCUGGAGCUGCAUCGCCCUCACACACCGGGGCCACCCUCGCUGCUACCCCUGGAGCCGGAGCUAAAGGCGCGGGCCCCGGGUCCCUGGUGGUCUGCCCCUACUGUCCAAACCGGCCAAUCACCUGCGACCUGAUGGAGCACUUUAAGACCGCCCACGGCCUGGUCUUAGCCAUCCAGCCCCCCCCGGAGAACCUGCCCCGCCCCAGCAGGGCUCUCAGCUGCAGCCCCAGCCUCAGUCCCAGGGACGGAGCUGCCCCCACCCCCCAGGCCAAGCCGGCCUCCCGGGUCCACAGGGACAGCAUCAACGGACAGAACCGGAGCGCCGCCGCCUCCCCCAUCUCUCCCCAGGUGAACGGCAGCCCCUCUGCUGGGGGGAGUUCACCCUCUGCAGCCUCACCUCUUCCUGUCUCCCCCCCCAGAGCCCCCUCUGUGACUGUGUCCCCGGAGCCUCUGCGGGAGAAGGUGGCCCCCACCUACCUCCCGGAAAGUGCUGCUCCCACCGCCGCAGUUCAUCCCGUGGUGGCCGUCAGCGCCGGCCCUAAAACCGCGGUCAUCUCUCCGGUCCAGAAUGGGAACUCUCGCUUCUGCCGGCUGUGCAACAUCAAGUUCAGCAGCCUCUCCACCUUCAUAGCCCACAAGAAGUACUACUGCUCCUCCCACAGCGCCGAGCACGUUAAGUGAGUCCCCCCCCCAUGGAUCAGGUGCAGAACGGCUCCCCCUGCUGGACCAAUCCGCAGAAUGACUGUUACUCAGCCUGCAGGUGGCGUUACCGACUCUCCCAGCAGUUUUCCUCCUCUGGGCCAGUUUUCACACUAAAGGCAGAGACGGGUCACGGAUCAGGACGUUCUGAACCAAUCCUUCUGUCAUUUUAAUUAGACUGGAUCCUUCAGCUCUCCGGGUCAAACGAAGCGCUGCUUGAAACGGACUCGGCUGUUCUUCAUGUUUUUAUUCUCUGUGCAUAAUGUAAGAUGUCUGAAAACAGAAAUCUAUGACGCUUUGGUUCCAACGCUGGCUCCUCUGUAGAAGAAGAAUGAGGUCACCGGGUUACGAACCACUGAAGGACAAAGUUUUUGAUUUCUCUUUAGAGCGGAGAAAAGAAAUGUGAAAUAUUUAUCUUUGAGUCCUCACUGAUUUCACAUCUACAGAAAACUACCUGCCUGUUGUCUGAGAGUAUUUGUAUUUUUUAUUUGUAUAUUUUUUCAUACUGUUGAAGGCCGUUUGUGGAUGUGCUGAAGUGACUUUUCUAAGUGUAGAUAUGAAAUUUCUCCUUCCAGUCAUCACUUUGUUAUUGACACGUUUUGUUAGUUGGUGGUGUUCAUUUCUUGUCUCUGCUUGUUGCUGAUUAGAUAUUGGAUCCGAUGUCAGUGGCUCCUCAGCCUGCUGAUCGAUGAAGACGAGGAUGAAGCCCUCUGUUUUUACCGGUGAUGAAGGCCGUUUUGUUAUAAUCAGGACCGCCACGUUCCCAUGCAGCAGGACGGUGUUAGCUCAAGCUGUGAAAACGUUUCUGCUUUGGAUGCAGAAACAUGAGAAAGGAACCGAGUGGACCCAGAGACACGGACCGCCUCUGGUGUUCCCAACACCGGGGCGGUCCGUUACUGGAUCGGAUCGGCCGGCACUUACCCCACCCCCAUUCUCUCUCUUUUUGUUUUUUGUUACAGACACAGAAAGAGGAACAUUUCAAUUCGUCCAGGUUUAAGAAAGUAUCAAGAAAAGAGAUCGUUAUGGUUGUAAAGGUCCCUCAUGUGGGAUUUGGUGCCACCUGGUGGCUAAAUUGCAACUGGUGCAAAUCGAAAAGUCACGAUGCGCCGAUAUGACAGUUUUUCAGCCAAUAUUAAUAUCAGAUAUUAAGUUCUAGAUAUUGUAAAUUUUUCUGUCCUUCAGGCACCAUGAGACUCCACUGCAGUUACAGAUCCAACCCCCCCGAAACGCCAACAUGCAUCUAUUUGAUCCCGAUCAGAAUCUAAUAUAAUGUUAAAAACCAGUCAUGAUGUUCAGACUGACAUAUCGCGCUUCGCUAAUCAAAG